UUUUAUAAGUCUUUGGAACACGUAUAAGAACAAACUUGGCUAAACAAUGUCACCGAAUCCGCAAGAUAAUGUUCACACAGUAUCAAAUGGGGAAUGGCGAGAUAACAUGGACGAUGGAAUUGUGAUAUCAGGAAUGGCUGGGCUGUACCCAAACUCCUACGAUGUGAAGCAAUUGUCAGAUAUAUUGUAUAACAAGAAAAAUCCAUUUACCAAGACGAAUCGUUGGGUUUGUAACCAUCCCGAAGUGUCCCAGUUUACUGGCCACAUCCCCGAUCUUGAGUAUUUUGAUGCUCAGUUCUUCAAAGUGCACUAUCGCCUCUGCAAUUUGAUGGAUCCCAUGUCUCGGAAAAUGCUCGAGCAAACCUAUCAAGCCUUGUUUGACGCAGGUGUGAAUCCAGUUAAUCUAUCAGGCAAAAAAGUUGGUGUGUACAUUGGUACUUGCUUUUCCGAGUCAGAAAAGGCUUGCUUGUAUAUAGCCACUGCAAAGACAGGUCUUGGCAUAGCUGGAUGCAACAGGAGCAUGUUUGCAAACCGAAUUUCUUAUUACCUGAACCUUAAAGGUCCUUCUAUGUCUGUCGACGCAUCGUGCUGUAGCUCUGCCUCUGCGUUGGAGCUAGCGUAUGCUGCCAUAUCUCGCGGAGAUUGCGAAGCUGCUAUAGUGGGAGGUGCUAACUUGUGUCUACAUCCACAAUCAUCGGUACAUUAUGGAAGAGUUAUAAAUAUUAGCAUGGACGGCAAAACAAAAUCAUUUGAUAAAAACGCUACUGGAUGUUCCAAAUCUGAGGCAAUCAAUAUUAUUUUCUUACAAAAAGCUAAAGAUGCUCUAAGAAUUUAUGCUUAUGUUGUUUACGCUAAAUGUGAAUACAUGUCAUUGCCCGAAUGUGAAACUGGUGCCAAAUAUGGCUUCAUUCGUAAUCCAACCGACAUGACUGGAUUUCUGAAGAGAUUCUACGAAGAAGCCCAUGUCUCUCCCAAAGCUGUACAAUAUGUAGAAGCUUUCGGGGCAGCAACACCAGAGAGUGAUAAGAUUGAACUAGAUGUGAUAGACGAUUUUUUCUGCAAAGAAAGAAGUAAGCCAUUAAUGGUCGGCAGUGUUAUGUCCAACAUUGGAUAUGUCGAAUCAGCAUCUGGAACGACAGCUUUGACUAAAGUGCUGCUGGGUUACCAUUGCGGCAAACUGGCCGGUAACCUUCACUAUAAUACACCACGAGAUGAUAUAGCGGCGAUAAGAGAUGGACGUAUUGAGAUACUUACCGACAGUAAGGAGUUUGUUCCCACAUACACUGCAGUCAAUGGCUUGUCUAUAAGCGGAAGUUUUUCGCAUGUCCUUCUGCAUGGCUAUUAUAAGAAAAAGGACAUCAACAAAUACAAAUCCAGUAUUCCGCGUAUCGUUCUAUGUUCUGGAAGACAGGAAAGCUCUGUAAAAAAAAUUAUCAACGAUCUCAAAAGUCGAGCAAUUGAUCCAGAAGAACAUGCUCUUCUUCAUCAUUUUCAUGAGACACGAGUAACAGGGCAUUUGGGGCGAGGUUUUGUUAUACUGGAUACAAACGAAAAUGGUAAGACCAUUAGUCUCAGUGAAGAAUGUGCUUAUUUCGACCAAGGAAAGCGCCCGCUAUGGUUCGUGUACAGUGGAAUGGGCUCGCAGUGGGUUGGGAUGGGAAAAGACCUCAUGCGUAUACCAGUUUUUGCUUCUGCCAUCGAAAAAUGUCACCGAGUUCUUAAACCAAAAGGCAUUAAUAUUAUUGAUAUAAUUACAUCAAACGACAAGGGGAUAUUUGAUAACAUAUUGCACUCAUUUGUUGGUAUUAACGCUAUACAAAUUGGACUAACUGACGUCUUACGAGUAAUGGAUAUCAUUCCAGACAAGAUAAUCGGGCACAGUGUAGGUGAGAUUGGGUGCGCCUACGCAGAUGGAUGUCUCACGGCCGAAGAAACUAUUCUGUGUGCUUACUAUCGUGGUCUGGUUUCCGUACAGACACCGUUCAUUCGCGGGUCUAUGGCAGCCGUUGGUCUUGGUUACAAAGAGAUUUCAAAGAUAUGUCCGCCAGAAAUAGAAGUGGCCUGCCAUAACUCUGCUGAAUCUAGCACUAUCUCCGGCCCAGCAGAGAUCAUGAGUGAAUUCGUAACGAACUUAGUCAAAAAAGGGAUAUUUGCCAAAGAAGUUCCUUGUUCUAAUAUAGCAUAUCAUUCAAGAUACAUUGCUGAAGCUGGACCCGCUUUACUACAAAGUAUGAAAAAUAUUAUUAAGGCACCGAGACUACGCAGCCCGCAUUGGGUGUCCACAUCAGUUCCGGAAGACCGAUGGCAUGAACCUCUAGCCAAGUACAGUUCUGCCGAAUACCACACCAAUAAUCUUUUGAGUCCAGUUCUGUUUGAGGAGACCUCUCAAAUGAUUCCACCUGAUGCGGUGCUGAUAGAAGUGGCACCUCAUGGACUAUUGCAAGCGAUUCUCAAGCGCUCUCUACCUAAAUCCUGCAAGUUACUUCCCCUGACUCGUCGCGGUCAUCCUGAUAAUUCUGUUUACUUGCUCGAAGCUAUUGGAAAACUUUACAUGGAAGGAUUUUAUCCUAAAGUACGGGCUUUGUAUCCAAAAAUAGAGUUUCCAGUUUCAACAUCAACUCCUAUGUUGUCGCAUUUAGUGGAAUGGGCUCACCAAGAAAAAUGGAGUUUACCAUUGCCAUCAGCAGGCAACACGAUUACAGCAUCGGCAUCGAAAGAUGUCAUAUCAACGUAUGACGCUGAGCACACCUACUUAAAAGGACAUGUAAUAAGAGGUAAGAACCUUUAUCCCUUUUCUGCGGCUCUGGUUUCUGUAUGGAGAACUUUGGCUGCCAGCUUGAACACAAGACCAGAAAUUUUAUCUGUUCAGUUUGAGAAUGUUUAUUUGUAUUCUCAACCUAUACUGCAUAAUAAACGCCAAUUGUAUAUUGAUGUAACUCUACAUAAAGGCACGGGCCUGUUCGAGGUGCUAAACGAGAAGUCCCUUGUGAUUAGAGGAACUAUUGUGCCAGAAGUUACCAAAACAAAACGAAUCGAUGAUACUCCAAUAUCGAAAACAAACGUUAGUUCUAGCGAUAUCUACAGAUUGCUGUUCGCUAAGGAGUAUCAAUAUCAGAACGAAUUCUGCAGCAUAUACAGUGUUAAUGAAUCUUUGACCGAAGCAAAAAUCGAAUGGAAGGAUAAUUGGAUUGCUUUCCUGGAUGGAAUUAUACAAUUGAAUAUUUUAAAAAGAAAACAUCAUACUGUAUCUAAGUUAAAUUUUAUUAGAAAGAUGAGUAUUGAUGUUAAUAAACAACGUAGUAGUGCAAUUACAAACGAUGGUAGAAUUUUCCAUAAUGCAAAAAUAUUAAAUUUAUUAGAUAUAACAGUUUGCGGUGGAGUCGUAAUAGAAAACCCAAAAUUCAUUGAUUUACCUUCUCUAAAUGAAGAUAACAUUGUUCUUAAAACUCCUGCAUUAAUUCGAAAUGCGACCAGAUAUAAUAAUAAAGCACGUGAGGGAGAUUAUUACUUGCCAUUAGAAGAAACAAUUAACCGUGAUUCCGGCGUAACGCUAAAAAUUGGACAAGUUGGAGAUCUUGACUCAAUUAGUUGGGUUCACGCCAUUGAAAACAGUAACUUGGGAAUUGAUGUUCAAGUAGCCUAUUCUGGAGUCAACAUGGUCUACGUUAACAAGCUUAUGGGAACGCAAUUUAUCAAAAACAAUGAUCAAAAUAAAAGCGUCAUUGACUUCAGCGGAACCGCAAAGAGUGGUACCAGAGUAAUGGGAAUUGUACAACGGGAAUCUAUAGCAUCGCCAAUUAAGGUUGAUCCUGAGUUUCUUUUACCAGUUCCUUCGCAUUGGACAUUGGAAGAUGCAGCAACAGUUCCAUUGUCUUACUCAUUGGCAUUUUAUAUUCUGUUCGUCAAGGCAAAAAUUGCCGGAAAUUUUCCAAUUCUUAUUCAAGGUGGAGCUGGGGCCUUAGGUCUUGCUCUAAUAAGCAUAGCUUUGGCUCAUGGUUGUGAAGUAUUUACAACAGUAAGCAGUAAAUCUAAAAAACAAUUUCUGAAAAAAAUGUUUCCUCAACUUCAAGAUGAUCACAUCGGACAUUCAAGUGAUCUCAGUUUUCUAGAUUUUAUUCUUCAUGCUACUCAAGGAAAUGGUUGCCAACUUAUUGUGUCUUAUUCCAAAGGGCAACUCAAAAAUUUCCACCUUAAGUGUCUUGGAUUUAACGGAAAAUUGGUUGAUACAGCAGUUAUUCACGAUCAUGAAGACUUCAAUUAUGGCAUGAAUAAUUUAACAAGGCAAAGGGCAUAUAUUCCUAUCGAUAUAUCUUCUCUCUUCCAGCCAAAAUAUAAAGAAGAGGCACUAUACAUAAGAAGCCUGAUGGUCGAAGGUAUAAGGCGUGGCUAUGUGAGACCGUUGUCGCGCGUUACGCUCGCAGCCGAGAAGGCGGCGCAUGCCUGCCGAUUGCAGGCUGCCGGUUGCAACCGUGGCAGAAUUCUACUCGACUUACAACAAAUCAAGGCCUCUAUACAGACAAGAGUCAAAUGUUCAAGUUCAUCGUGGCAAUUGAUUAUAUCUGAUGAUGAAAUAGUUGCUAUUAAACUAGCUGAAAGAUUAAUGAAAAGGGGUGCUAAGAAAUUAGCUUUCCUUUUAAGCAAUAUAUCUAAAUGUAUUGAUGUUCAUACAACGAUUUGGAGUGAUGAUCUUGUAGAAGCAAAAGUCACAAAAGCUUCUUUGAAGAAUAUCAAUUCCUCUUUUGUUAUUCAAGAGUGUGAGAAAAACGGUGGUCUCGAAAAUUUGUUUAUAAUAACUUCGAAUGAAAGAGCAGUAGAUAUGAAAUGUGUUGUGAAUAGUCUUUCAGCUGCUCUUUCUAAUUCAAAAAUAAAACAUACUACAUUUGUUAGUUGUGUAAAUGAAGAGCUGGAGCCACUUUACAAAUCAAUAAUUGGAAGUAAUAAAUCAGUAUCACACAUUAAGUUGCCUGAAAUAAAAUUGAUGUACAAAGAAAACUUUAGCCGGGAUAUGAUAUCGAUCAAUAAUGCUAUUGAAAUUAUAGAAAAAGCAUUAUCCUCUUCAAAAGAGAAGGUAUUGGCUCAACCAAAUAACACUAAAGGAAAAACAUUGCUGGAACAAAUACUUCAGGUUGCAGGUCUAAAACUACAAGACGUACCAGAGAAUGCAAAGGAUUUUGUUUUGAGUAAUUUAAACCUUAACAACUCAAAUCUAUUAGCUAUACAGGGAUUCCUAGGAGACGUAUAUGAUGUCCGCUUAAACAUAGAAGACAUACAAGAACUUUCCUUGCAAUCAAUAUACGAACUCGAAAGAAAUUGUAUCGAGUUUGACUUUACUGAAAGCCAAGGUGUUGGUGCCUAUUUUCCUAAACUGUACACCGAUGAGUUAUUAUAUACUUCGGAUGUAGUGUUUAUGACAACAUUAAGGUCUACUAAUUUGUAUGAAAAUUAUAUAAACAAGGAAGAAGCAUUUUUAUGUAUUAUCCCAGGCGUGGAAGGACAUUUUUCUGCUUUUACCAAAUUGUGUGAAAGACUGAAGCUUCCAGCACUAACAUUACAGCCUGGAUUAGAUCAUCCCAAUGAAACUGUAUCUGAGCAAGCAAAUAGAUAUAUUGACACUCUGUCCAAGAAAGCUGCGCUGAAGGACAAUUUCUAUUUGGCUGGCUAUGAAAGUGGAGUUAUGGUUGCGUUGGAAAUGGCAUCUAUACUAGAAAAAAGAGGUUUAACUGGAACAGUAUUUUGUAUCGGCGGAUCCCCGUCUGAAGUUAUUGAUAACUUUAAAAAUAAUUUGAAGACUUUUAAAACUACAGAAUAUCUACAAAUAGCAGUUCUGAAACAUGCGUAUUUGCUUAUUACUCAUAAAGACCCUAGCAUAUUUGAUCAAUUGGAUAAAAAUAUGAGUUGGAAGGAAAAAAUGAAUACGUUUACGGAUACAAUACUCGGAAAGUACCCACAUUCUAUUCAGUAUACAAGGAAGUGGAUCGAUUACAUUUAUACGAAAUUGUCAUGUUUAUUGAAUUGUAAACCUGACUUCAAAAAGAUAAGCUCUAAAAUAAUAUUUCUUCGCCCAAAAUCUUUUAGUAGUGUAGACUCGUCUUUGCAACAUUUUUCAGAUAAAAAAAUAAUUUGUUAUCAACUCGAGGCACCACUGUCUUCUGCUCUACAUGAUUUGAUGUGUACUUCUAUAAUAAACCAACACCUGGACAGUGCUGUCUUAGAAAAAUUCAAGAAUAGAAACAUAUGUCAAACUUACGUCCUGAAUGCCGAUGGGUUGAUGACAUCCUAAUUUAUUCAAUUACUUAUUAUAAUUUCAUAAUGUGUGGGUUAAA